AUGGCUGUACGACGAACUCCAGCAACGACACAGAGGACCAAGACCUCGAAAAAGCGAAGUCUGGAAGAUGACACGAGUCCCCUGUCAAAGCGCGUUAAAGCAUCUGCAAACGUUGCUAAACCACCCUUGAAGACAAGUGCCAGAGGCGGAACAUCGUCUACCCCAACAACCUUGCUGAACGCCAUUCCCACUAGACUCGAAGUAUUUGUGUUUGGAGAUGGCAGCGCUGGCGAGCUUGGCCUAGGAACUAAGAAUGCUAUCGAGGUGAAGAGACCGCGUCGCAACCACUUGCUUGACCCGAAGUCAGCUGGGGUGGUCAACCUAGCCGCGGGUGGGAUGCAUGCCGCCGCCCUGACUCAUGACCACAAAGUCCUGACCUGGGGGGUGAAUGAUCUAAGCGCUCUGGGACGUGAUACCACCUGGGAGGCCCCAAUGCGAGAAGUUAACGGCGAAGGAGACUCGGAUUCGGAUGAAAGCGAGCCUGACUUGAACCCACUCGAGUCGAAUCCAGCCGCUAUCCCUGCCGACAGAUUCUCUGCAGCCACCAGAUUUGUGCAGGUGGCGGCGGGCGACAGCACCACUUGUGUUUUGACUGAGGCGGUUUUGUCUAUGGUUGGGGCACAUUUCGCGCGUUUUCGGAUUCUACUUGAACCCGAUGACGAGGUUAUUGAAGUUCAACGCGAGCCCAUGCUUAUUCCAGGCCUCAAAAGAAUCGUUCAGCUCAGUGUUGGCAAUGACUUUUGCCUCGCACUUGACGCAGAGGGAAAAGUGUUUUCCUGGGGUAAUGGCGAGCAAGGCCAACUCGGCCGCCGCCUCGUCGAGCGUCGUCGCAUCAGGGCUCUUGUUCCCACUCGUGUAGCCAUACCUAGAAGCCGUAUUGCCUCCAUCCAUACUGGAGCCGACCACGCCUUUGCCAUCGAUUCGAAUGGCAACACAUGGGCCUGGGGAUCCAACAACUACGGUCAAACCGGAGUCACCAAGGGUGUGGGUCUGGGAGGUAGCAUUGUCAUCCCGCCACGGAAGGUCCCAUCUUUUGUUGGAAAGCAUAUAAAGAUGAUCGAGGGUGGACUUCAUCAUUCUGUUGCCGUCACCCAUGAUGGCGAAUGCCUCGUUUGGGGACGUAUUGAUGGUGCACAAAUGGGUUUGGAUAUCCAGAAACUCCCGCUUGACGAUCCCAACAAAGUGCUAUCCGCCCACGGAAGACCACGCGUUCUGCUUCAACCAACCUCUCUUGCUCUUUUGGGUUGUGUCUACGCUGCCGCCGGCUCUGACCACAAUAUUGCCAUCACUUCAGAUGGAAAGGCAUACUCCUGGGGCUUUAAUGCUAAUUACCAGUGUGGGCAGGGAGAUGAUGAUGACAUCUCCUUCGCAACCUUGAUUCAGUGCUCCGCAAUCGACGACAAGAAAUUGUCUUGGGCCGGGGCCGGCGGCCAAUACUCCAUGCUCGCGUCUGCUUGGAAGGAUAUUGAUUGA